AUGACAAUCCCAACCCCAUACUACCACCUCUUCACCCUCCUCGACCCCCUAAUCGCCCUCUGGGGCACCUCCCUCUUCCUCCUCUCCCCCAAAACCGUCACAUCCUCCUACCUGCCCCCCUCCCACAACCCAAUCGACCCUUCCAUCGCCCACCCGGCCGCCGCCCUCUCCAUCUCCACGCCCUCCCUCGCCGCCUCGCUCCGCGAGUACUCCCUGCCCCUCCACGCCCAGAUCGCCGGCCACCUCCUCUCCAACGCGCUCCUCUCCGCCGUCCUCUUGCGCUCAACAACAGACCUGAAGGUGUGGCGCGUCUACCAGCUCUCGCUCUUCCUCGUCGACGCGUUCCUGCUGUACGGCACGUUUGCGUCGUAUGCGCUGCAGGGAAGGCUGAACCCGUUCACGACAUGGCGGGUGGAGGAUUGGGGCGCGGUGACAAUCACGAUGCUGGCGGGCGUGACGAGGCUUGCGUUCCUGGUAGGGGUGGGAUUUCCGAAGCAGCAGAGGGCCAAGAGGGCGUGA